GAGCCCUUUCAGUGUAUUAUUUUGUGCAUCUCUGCAAGCAAACAUGUUUCCACCAAAUGUUGUGUGUUCAACUGUUACUAGGGGCUGAGAGAAGGGAAAAGGAAGAAGUGAAUGAGGGAAGUUUAUGGAGGAGGUCUGGGGUAUGGGACGUGGGCAGCGUUUGAAGAAGAGGAAUGUAUCAGACAGCAGGCAAACAUCGCUGGUAGCUUGAAAAAACACAUACACUCACACACACAAACACAUUUAGACACACUGACACACACUUGCAUUUAGCUCCCGAGGGUCUCACUGGAAAUUUAACUUAACCUGUCUCCGUUCAGUAGCUUCUGCUCAAACAGGAUCUCGCCAUCUUUCUCCAUGGCUCUCCUGUGCUGUGGCCUGUUGGUGCUGCUGUGCUGUUUUGGUUCUGCCUCGGCUAGUGUUGGUGAAGACACGGACUAUGGAGGCAUUCCUCUGUGGAUUAACCGCCUGCUGGGUGAGCCCAGUGUUCUGAGUCUGCAGGGACGGAUGGAUCCGGCCUGGCUCCGAGCUAACAAUCCCCUGGCCUGCCCUCAGCAGUGUGACUGUCCCAUCCAGUGGCCCACAGCUCUCUACUGCGACCACAGAAGUCUGGCAGACAUCCCUGACCAGCUGCCAGACAGAACCCAAUACUUGUUUCUUCAGGGCAACGACAUCUCCUCCCUGCCCUCCUCUGUAAUGACCAACAUCACUGGUCUCCGCUGGCUCAUCCUGGACAACAACAAGCUGCAGAGCGACAAGCUGGAGCUGGCCUCCCUGCAGAACCAGACCCAGCUGUGCUAUUUUUUUGCCAACCACAACCACCUGACAUCAGUGCCCAGUGCUCUGCCAGCUGGACUCAAACAGUUGCGACUGGCUCACAACCAAAUCAGCAGCAUCAGCCCCAAAGCUUUCCAGAAAGUGCAAAACCUGACGCUGCUGCUGCUGCAGGGAAACAGACUGCAAACCAUCAAAGAGGGAGACCUCAAAGGCCUGCUUAGGCUGAAUCUGUUGGACCUCAGUGGAAAUUUGUUCUCCACCAUGCCCAAACAUUUACCUCCCUCCAUCCAGCAGCUCUAUCUGUCUAACAACUCUCUGUCUGCGCUGGAUGAGGACAGCUUUGUGGGAUUCCUCAACCUAAAGUACCUUCGUCUAAGUCGCUGUGGCCUGCAGAACCUCGCCAUCCACCCGCAGGUCUUUAACUCCUCCAGCUUGGUGGAGCUGGACUUGUCUUAUAACAAACUUACUACCAUUCCCACAGUUCCCACCACCCUGCAGAACCUCUACCUGGAGGCCAAUCAGAUACAAGAGUUCAACGUGACCAGUUUCUGCAGAGAGGUGGGACCUUUGUCCUACUCCAGGAUAAAAAUCCUCCGAUUGGAUGGAAACAAAUUGUCCUACCAUCUGCUGCCUCCCGACUGGGUGUUUUGUCUGCGAGUCCUGCGAAUUAUUUACAUCUGACUCCACCUUCUGAACAUGAAUCUAGUCUACAAGUACUGUAUGCGACUGGUCAACCUCAUCUAAUGCUACAAAGAAAAAGUCAUGAUUCAACUCACAAUGUUUUGUUUUAUUGUCCAACUCAUCAUCUGUGAACUCAAACAACCCAGCCUUAAAGCUUGAAACCUGAGACGAAGACUGUAAUUCAUUAUGUCUCCAAUACGUGGAUAUACAGCCAAAAGAAAACUGAGCUUCAAAAGAUGCUGAGCUUGAACUUAAUGCUAAACCAAAGUUAUUUAAUGGUAAUGCAACAAGCUAUGAUCAAAACUUCUCUCAUAUCAUCAAUGUAGGCCUUUGGGGUUUCUGUGUCUCAUUCCAUGUUUUCCAAGUUAUGCCUCAUCAGGGUUUUACAUCUGUGUGUUAUUACUGAAUAGGACCAGUGACAAAACCUCUCAUUUCUGACUUGACUGAAGAAUGCGCUCUGGUUAAACUGAGCUGUCUCAGGGCAAAAGGAAACAUGGUGAAUGUAUGAGUGGCAAAAAUCAGUAGCUUUCCCAUGAGAGAAUCUGACUCAGUUAACUAGACGGUGUUUAACAGCCACACCACACAGUGAGCUGUGUGUAAAUGGAAAUUUUAUGAUGAAAGCACUAAGAAGUUGAAACCUCUUGCAUAUAUAUGUGUGUGUAAUAAAGUGAAAUGUAGUCACUUUAUGCUUGAUUUAUGAACUGAUGUUGAUAAUCAUAAUCAUGAAGUUUGGUUUGAACAAGUAACUGAAACAUAAUAUCGACGUCAACAUAAAGUUUUGUGAAUGUG